CGAACCCCCAACCUCACACGGUUCCAUCACGUCAGGCGCCGCACCCGACCCGCCGAGUCUCGAGUCCAUCGCCAGACAUUACCGACAGCCCCUGCGAUCCAUUUGACGCCCCGUUGCCCUCGUGCAGCGCCCUCAAUCGCCCUCGGUCCCGGCUCAACCUCCGCAGCCUGCUCCGCCAGCGCGCAAGCAUCACAAGCAUCACGCGCUUCGGCCCGCAGCACAAACAACAACCACGACCGCACCACGUCUCAGCACGCUCUGAGCGCGCCCACGGCGCAUCCUCGCCGCCAGCAUGGCCACCAUGCGGCCCAACGAACUCAACCUCUCCAUCACGCCCAUCCUCUCCGCCAACCCGCUCCCCGUCGCAGACAGCGCAAAGAAGCCCAGCGCCCCACGCACCCCCCGGAUAGACGUCGAGCCCCUGUAUGCCGCCGUCAAGGGCGCCGUGAGCGACGCCGACUGGACCACCUACAAGAAGUCGCUGUCGGAUUUCCUGCUCGGCGAACUGAACCAGGAGGAGCUCUCAUGGCGGCUGGGCAGAAUUCUAACCACACCCGCCCUGGAACGCGCACACAACGCGCUCGUCACGGCCAUCUAUGCGAACUGCUGGCGCGAUGUGCCUGAAGCGGGCAUCGCGAGCUGGGUGUCGAGUAGCGAUAAGCCGAGCAGUGGGACGGCCAAGGGGGCAGGGGAUGAGAGCGAGAAGCGGCUCAAGUACGAGGUUAUGCAGCUGAGCCGCAGAGAACGGAAGCGAUUAAAAACUAUCCCCCCGGAUAACGCUCUUAAUUUCGGGCCCGACGUGGUGGGCAUCGGGACAGUGCAGGAGUACAUCGACGCGCGCAGAGUAAAGCAGCCAGAAACAGGACCCACCAACAUCCAAGGCGGCAGCUACUCGAAGACGAACUGGGACCUCGAGAUCCGCAAACGCUACACCUCCGCCCUCUUCUCCGAAACCCACGAAUUCCCCACCGCAACAACAAUCUCCCACCGCCUCCUCCCCAUCUGCUACGAAUUCGGCCUCGCCCAGGGCCACACCCCAGACUGUCCCGACUACCUCAACCUCGCGACAGAAACCUACAUCAAAGAAGCCCUCGCCUCCUUCCUGGGCAAAGUCUGCGCAAACGGCCCCUCCUACAUCCGCACAGGCGAGUUCAAAAAGCGCGUUGCCCGCGAGGAACGCCUCGUGGAGCGCGGCGAGCUGGCGCGCGCGGGGAAUGGCGAGCUGCCUGUUGAGACGGAGGAGCGGCGGACGAGGAGGGUGCUUUGUAUGGAGGAUUUGAGACUUGCGCUUGAGCUUGGGGACUCGUUUUUGGGUCAGACACCGCUUAUUGCUGGGGCGAUUGUGAAUACGAAGUUUUUGGAUACUGUGGGUGUGGAGGAUGGGUUUGAUCUGCCGCCUGCUGCGCCGAGACAGGGGAUUAAUGGGGGGCUGAAUGGUGGGCUGAAUGGGAGUGCGAGUGCGAUGCCGCUUUUGCAUUUCCCCCCCGCCGCUGCUGACGACUUUGGCGAUCCGAUGCUCCUCGAUGACGAUAUGGGCAUGGGGUUCGGGUUUGGAUGGCAGGGCGGCAGCGUGCAGGACUUAGCUGCGUUGGAUGAUGCGCUUGAUGACGUUUUGAGCCUGGGGGACUUGUGAGAGAAUGUUGUGGGGGUUGGUUUGUUGAUGCAUUUUUUUGGCGUUCCGGAGGGCUUGUUUGGCGUUUGGGCUUGGGUGUGGGAUGAUACCCUAUUUGCGAAUGUGCGUGCGUGUGUAUCCAACGUGUUUAGAUGAAUGGCGCGGGAGGAUGGGACGGGCUUGUUGAGGGGACUUGGUGUCGGUAUUCUGUUUGGAAACUCAUAUUCAUAGUUCAUCUAUCCAAAGUUGUGUAGCACCUUUAUGGCG